AUGUCCAGACCGUCUUCAUCCAGGAGCAGUUUACAUCUUGAGCCACCUAGGAAGAGCACCGAGUUGGAAGAUCCCGGCGCUCAUGAGUUAUCCUCAGAGGGCGAGGAUGACGAACACUUCUCAGACGCCUCCGAAGGGCAGAAGCGACCCUCACGACCAGUGACCCCUGCCUCACCUGUUCCCAGAACCCGCAUAGAAAAGGUGGACGACCAGCCAAGCCAUGGCGAAGUGCCAGGUACCCCUGCUUACGAGAAGCGAAUUGCCGACGCUGUCCCCGACGAGGUCGAGAUUCUCCCCGAAAGCCAGGGCCGCCUGAGUAAACGAUCAUCACAGUAUCUCGAACCACCCACAACCCCCGGCGGCACACUGAUUCCACGUACUGUGGUCGAAAAGGUCGACCCCGAAUCUCCGAGCUAUGGCGAGGUGCCCAAGACUUCUGGCUAUCUGCAGCGACAGAUGGAUGCAGUGCCAGAUGUCAUAGUGAAGACGCCCGAACCGGGCAGGAAACCCCUCUUUAGCGAAGGCGAAGGCAGAUCUCGCUCCACCUCAGACAUACCAGUCCCGGAAACCGUCAUCACGCGGGUUGAUAGCAAUUCUGCGCAUGGCGAGGUUCCCGGCACGGAGGCGGCAAAAAAGCGGAAGCUAGACGCAGCACCGGACAUCAUAGAGAAGAAGGCGGACGUGGGAGCACAACCAGGGUCACCCACGUUCGACAGAUCUCUAGAACCAUCGCGGAGGAAGACCGCUUCGGAUGACCAUGAUGAUGACGACGAUGAUGAGGAAGAUGACCAAAACGACGCGGAUGACUUCGGCGAUGACUUCGAUGACUUUGAACAAGGCGCGCAGGCCGGAGCGGAUGAUGACUUCGGGGACUUUGACGAUGGAUUUCAAGAACCUGAAGCUGUCGUGGAGUCACCUCUUGUACCUAUCGCUCAAGCAAAUACUAUACCUGUUGAUCCGUUCCCAUUGAUAGACUUCGCGGCCUUGAACUCAGUAUCCGACCUCCUCGCCGCCACUGAAGCACACCUGGACGCCAUGUUCCCACAAUCGACACCCUCAGCACUCUCCUCCAUCCCGCAACAAGAACCCAUACCAGACUCGUCACCCAUCUUCCCCUCGGACCGCUCCCGCUCGCUUUGGAAUCAACUCAUCACCCCACCUCCCCUCCAGCCGCCCAAUUGGACGCAAUCCCGCAUCCGACGCCUCUUCCUCGUCAGCCUCGGCGUGCCCGUCGACCUGGACGAGAUCCUGCCGCCUUCAAAGCAGAAGAAGCUCGUCCUCCCGGACAUCAACCUGGAGCCCUCGUCGUCGCGGAAGUCGGAAGGCGACAAGCCGGCCGGGUCGCUGGCGAGAUUGAAAGCUCAAGGAGGCGGUGUCAACGACUCCACCGCCUCACUUGACAGCACACAGUCUGGAACCGCGAAAGAGCGGCACGCCCGGUCAAGGAAGCCCAAGGGCCCGCCACCCCCACCCGAACUCGAUCUAGCGGCUGUGAAGCGGUUGUGUGCCACGACGACCGAAAAGCUCGACGGCUUCACGGACGACGAGUUGCAGGCCCAUGUCAAGGACUUGAACGACUUGACGAGCCGGACGAGUGAAUUGUUGGAGUACUGGUUGAAAUUGAGGGACGGGCUGGUCAAAGAGAAGGAGGCGUUCGAGGGAGUCAUCGAGAAUCUGGUGCGGCAUGCGAGGCGGGUCAGGAAAUAG